GACAAGAUCGAUCUCGAUGACUGGUCUUCGGGCGUUGAGGAGUAUGCGGAGUGCGACCUCGACACGAUGUGGGCCGCCCUGGGCCGUGAGAAGGAGCACACGCUCCCGUUUUUCAACACGAUGGAGGAUCCCAGCGGGUCAACCGACGCGUGGAGCCCGGAGGGUCAGACGGCGCUGAAGUCUGGGAGCGCGGUGAGCUUAACCCCGCGGUGGCACCAGUUGGUGGGCAUUGUCAAGAUGCUCGUCAACAUGUUUGAGGGCAAGCCCGUCCUCUUGAUGGACGAGGUUGGGGUCGGCAAGACGAUGCAGGUGAUUGGAUUCAUCUGCAUGCAUGCGUGGCUGCAUCAGGUCUACAAGCAGACGAAGAGGUAUCCCGGCAUGUUCGCUAAAUAUAGCAAGGAGAUCGAGGAUCUCCCGACUCUCAUCAGUGUCCCGGUCACGCUGCACAAGCAGAUGACCAACGAGAUCCACCGGUAUGUGCAGUGGAAGGAGUUCGAUCUCCUGCCGUACACGGGGACGACAGCAUCACGUGCCAAGUGGUGGGAUUUGGUGUGGAAGAAGGUGAAGCACCAGCCAAUUCGGCGAAUUGUGCUGGCGACGAUCAAGGCGAUUACAUCCGACGCGACGGAUAUGUUCACCCAGGCUGACGACAAGUCGGCCGACGGUACGCCGCGAUACCCCGAGCCUGGCGAGUGGGCAGAAGCGAGCGCGCAGACGGUGUACGGUCAGCAGUGGGGUGCGCUGAUCGUCGACGAAAUCCACGAGGUCCGGACGUUGAACAAGUCGUACAUGGCCAUUCGCAUGGCGCGGAAGCAGUCGGGGAUGACCAUCGGGAUGUCCGCGACUCCGGGCAUAACAAAUGCCAUGGACUUCGCGGCAAUUGGUUGGGUCCUCGGGAUCAAGGCGUUCAGCGAGGGGGCCGCUGAGCUGCUUCAAUGGAAGCGCAAUCUGGCCGCGGCGAAGCGUCGAGACGCAGCCUCGAUGAAGCGCGACGAGGAGGCCUCGAGCAAGCUGAAAAGCGUGCUAACGGGCAGCAUGGACGCAGAGGCGGACACGAUGAUCAAGGGCGAGUACGUCCCUAUGCUGGAGAAGACCAUGGAGGUUUGCCGUCGGCUGUUUAUCGGCCACAUCGCCCGCCGCACUUUGCGGUCUCUGGACUUCGCGGGGCAGGCAAUCAGCGGAUUGCCCGACUACCACGAGAUCAUCUUGCCGUUGAAGAUGUCGGACGCGGAGAUGGACCUCUUCGAGAGGCUGGCAGAGGAGUUUGCUGAACGGUCUGAGAAGGGGAAGGGACGGGCGGGCAAGGACUUCUAUCUGGGUUUCCGUCGCUCUCUGUCGCACCCGGCAAACUACCCGCCGUCGGGGUGGAAGAUUCCGCAGACAAAGGAGGAGUUCGAUGUGCAGCCGUCGACCAAGUUGAGGCUCGCCAUCACCAUCAUCCUAUAUCAUCUGAAGAAGGAUCAACCGGUGCCCCUGCGUCGCAAAUACGGAAUCUGCUUCAACACCGACGAGAUGGGUAAGUACCCUAAGUGCAACAAGCUUUGGCCGGACGAGGGCUACCAGUACAGAUCACGAGGUGAUCCCGACCACCCCGACAAGAUCGUCAUGUACUCCGCGUUCCCGGCGAACAACGCCGUCUUGCUGCGAGUCCUCGCGUUCUAUGACAUCAAGUACCUGGUUCUGAACGGCGACGUCCCGGCAAACAAGCGUCCGCUGAUCAUCGAUCAGUUCAAGAACGGCGGUCGAGAUGAUCCCCGCGUACUUGUGAUGUCGAGUGUUGGCAUCACCGGCCUCAACCUCCCCGAGGCGUCCAUCCUGAUUUUCCUUGAUACCACGUGGUCGGCACUUGAGGAUGCGCAGAUGACUGGGCGGCUCUGGCGGCUCGGGCAGUUGAAAGACGUCUGGGUAUACCGACUUCUUUGCCUGAAGACCCCCGACGUCUACCUCAACAUCAUGAGUUAUGACAAGUGGAUCAUGCACUCCGCGUUUGUGAAGGCUGACCCGCGGACUCGUAAGUACUUU